AUGUCUGACGAAACGGCCACCAAAUUUGAAACCGUCUCCGAUCUUCCACCGUCUCUGGCCGCUGCCGCCUCUCAGAUGGUGCAGUACGCCGGAACCUGCGUCGAACUCGAGACAGAUGAAGUAACCAAGCAAGACAAACGCCGAUUCGACUGGCCAUCUUUCAAGAAAUGCUUCGAUGAUUAUGGAGGCAUCGACCUCGCUAUGCUGGAUUACAAAGAAUUCACCAUCUCUCGUAGCGAAAUCGAUCUCAGCAUGAUGGUCCAGAGGAUCGUGGAGUCCUUCGUCAGGGAGUUCCAUAUCAUCGGAUAUGAAAAUGUUACCACGUUGCUCCGGACUACCAUUGAGAAGACAUUUACCAACCUGGAACAAAAAUCCUCGAAUGAGUGUUUGUAUUUCAGCAAGUCUGCUGGCGGGCAAGGUUCAUUUUGGGAAUAUGGUGUUCAUAUAGCGGUCCCUAUCCCGAGUUCGGCCAAUUCCUUCCACAGUUUUAUCACUACCAUCAAAUUGGAGGCAGAUGUGUCUGACCAGAAUGAUUGGUGGGGUCUGACAGGCUCCUCGAGAAAGAACUUUUCCGCUACGAUGAACGGAAUGAAGUUCGAGGUGGAAGAAGGCUUCAAGAACUAAGAACUCGACACCCCUCUUGUCCAGCUCUCUUCUAGCCAAGACAGAAAUUGACUGUACUUGAUUAGCUUAUAUCACUCUACACGCCUCUUUAUCAAAACAGUGAUAAAUUUGCCAUG